AUGGCGCGCUUGGAUCAACUUCCGCCAGAAAUUCUGAUGACGAUAUUGGAUGAGCUGCGUAUUUCGGAGCUUGCGGCCGUGAUCCGGGUCAACCGACAGUUUUUCAAUCUCGGCAUUCGACGCCUCUGGCAAGCACAGAGAGACAUCUAUCUCGCCAAAGUCCCAAAGGAUCGGCGUAGGGUGUACACUCCCCUGAUCCAGGAACUCGACCUGGACGGAGACCCCAAAGCCCUUUACGAGGAGUUCAAAGAUCUUGAGUUCGAUAAUGUAAAAGAGCUCUCGGUCACGCUGAAGGAGGAUUUGGACACUAUCGACGACUGCAAGUAUCUAACACACUUCAUCAAUCCUGGGCUUCGACUGCUGGACUUGGGGGGAAGCAUUAGUGCGGACUUCCUUCGCGACGUGCGAAAUCAAUGUCCUAAGCUACGGACGGUCAGUCUCUGGCGCUGUGGACCUUGCGUCACGCCGGCCGAUUUGCUUACAUUUUUGAGGAGUCUCCCCUAUUUGAAGAGCCUGCACAUCACUGAACUGGAGGACCACAUGAUAACAGAUUCCGAAGUCAUUGAAUUCCUGGCCGCAUCUUCAACACUUGAGCGGUUGGAUCUGGAACAGAUUACCCCCGAGUUCUUAUGGGAUGCGUUGUCAAUAGAAGCCCCCUUCCCACAGCUGAAUAGAUUGGACAUUGAUAUCCAUCACGACGCAGUGCCGUCGAUCGCUAAGCUGUUCGGCUCGGUCAUACAGCUCCGCGUGACGCUGAGAGCCAUAGAGGACUGGUUUACCCGGGAAACAGUCAGAAUACGACCCCUCUCGGAACUGACGGAACUGCGAACCCUAGAGAUCUCUUUCCAUGGCGAGAUGAUCCUAGUACCAGAAGACCUCGUCACUCUGAGGAGUCUCAGCAAUCUGGCAAGUCUGAGUCUACAUGGAUUAAGCGAGGUUCACCUUGGAGCUGCUGAGUUCAGUGAUGAUCACUUCCACCGUCUAGUGAGUGGCCUACAGGAUCUCGUCACCCUGUCCCUUCACCCCUAUCCCAGUAAAGUCACAUCAGCCUCCCUCGCAGCUUUGGCGAAAUGCUGUCCACAUCUCGAGACCUGUUUUAUCGGUGGGGAGUUCAAUGUACUAGGGCUGCAGGAUUACGAAGCGCCUUUGUUUCCAAGGCUUGGGUCAUUUCGAGUGAGAUGCUUCCUGGAUCCCGACGAGUAUGAUGGUGACCCUGUCGAAGUGAUUGAGCGGCGGGCAGGGGAGCAUGUCCAGCAGCUCGAGAGGCACUUUCCCAAGGCAGACAUCCAGGUUCUGCAAGGUUGGUUUUCUGACCCGGGGUCAUUCACUUCUACGGUGAUACGGCUAUUAAGACCGAAUAAUGAGCGGGAUUUUGGGCCUUCCUGA